GUCCUACCAAUGAAUGAAUACGCCAGAAUUAGCUUAAAGAGAGGACCGGCAGCCAUCUUUGCCUUCAUUACUUUCCUUAGCAGGAGAAGCUCCUUGCUCUGUGAUUGGCUACUUGUUGACACUGCCUGUCAAUCUAACAAUUAGCGGGAAAGCUUGUUUUUACGUUAAGGCCUAGCUUGCUUCCAGAUCUAAAAAAAAACAAAAAAAAAACAAAAAGAAAAUAAUUGUACUGUAUUGUUGUUUUCGGUUAAAUACAUCAGUAUUGUUCCCAUCUUUUAUGUUGGAAUAGUUCACCUGUUCACCAUGGCAUGUGUACAACAAGUGAGAACUUCACAGGAUGCUCAGAUUUUGCCUAACCAGGUUGUGUCAGAGCAGCAGUCUAUGGUUGUUAUAAAGAAGCUUCUUGCCAUCGCCGUGUCUGGCAUCACAUACCUCCGGGGCCUUUUCCCAGAGAAAGCCUACGGAAACAAAUAUGUUGAAGAUCAGAAAGUGAUGAUCCUUAGAGAAGAGCGCAGCUGUCCCGGUGCAAGUCAGAUAGUUCAGUGGUUGCAGGGGUGCUUUGAGGCCAUCCAGAAGAAAUAUCUGCGGACAGUUAUUAUGACUAUCUACACUGACCCAGAGAACCCCCAGGUAGUGCACAGUUUGUCUUCUAGCCAGUGUAAAGUGACUGAGUUUUACCAGUUCAGGAUCCAUUACUGUACAGCAGGGCCGCAGAUGGACUUUGAGAGCAUCAACAACAACAAGUUGUCGAUGUCAUGUGGCAACACCAAGAAGGCCAGCAUCUUGUUGGUGAGGAAGCUCUACACUCUGAUGCAGAACCUGGGUCCUCUGCCUGACAGCGUCUGCCUGAACAUGAAGCUGGCUUACUACGACGAUGAAACUCCUGAGGGUUACCAGCCGCCAGGCUUCAAGGAGUCUGACGGCGACACCAUGAUGUUUGAGAAGGAGCCGGUCAAACUCACCAUGGGCGAGGUGGUCACUCCCUUCCACACUCUGAAGUUGGACAUGGCCACAGAGAGACAGAGGCUGGAGCAGGUGGAUGAAACGGUUAAUACGACGGAGAAGUGGUAUCUGCAUAUGAAGGAGCAGGGCGUCUUCUCACAGAGCCAUGUGAUUGAAGACGUGGAGAAGCCUGACAAUGACAACACAGACUUGGACAACACUGAGAUCCAGCUGAGCUGCCAUGAGAAGCUCGAGAGUUGUGAGAAAGCCACAGAGAUGGAAACUCUGGUGAAGAAGACCUCCGACAUGGAGGUUGGCCUGAAGAGGACCAGGAGUGGACGGAUCAUUAAAUCCACUACAGAGACAAACCUGAUAGUGAACAGCAAGAAGCCGACAGCCAUGAAGGACAAAAUGGUUUCUCAGUAUGACAUCCCCAACAGCCAGGAAACGCCGUCCACCUCCGCGCCCAAGAAGAAGCGCAAAUUCAGCGAGCCCAAAGAGCGCUUCUGACUGCACCCCCCACUGCUAACACAGCAGCACGGCUGUAUUGAUUUCGACUGAUGUUUUUAAAAAUCCAAUUUUGAUUACAGCAUGUUACGUAACUGUUUUUUAAGGAAAUUCACCUGUGAUAGGUAUUAUUGUUUGUGUGCUGGCAGUUUUGAACAGUAUUUGACAGUUUUUGAACAGUAUUGAGCUCCACAGUCUUUGAAUGCAACACGUCUGAACGUGGACAUCUUAGAAGACUGAGGAACAAAUGUAUUAUUUGACACAGUAUUGAAGUUGACUUGGAGUGAUUAUGUUUGUUUUACUGUUGCUAGUCUGAGUUAUUUGUUAACAACUUGAAUAAAAUACAAACAUUAAUCCAGCGUCA